GUUGUAUAUGUAUGUACUCGUCGUAUUCGUGGGAUUGAUGUUGUAAAUAAUUGAGCAGUGAGUGAAAAUCGACCGACUGGAUCUGCCGCUUCUCAUCAUCGACGAUCGGCAAGGGAAUGACGGGGGUCGAACGGUGAGCUGUGGCCUAGCCGUCUGCGAUGAGGGAUGCCCGAAGGAUCUCCUCCGGAGGGGCGUCACCUGCCCUCAUCCUUAUUUUCCCGGUCGUCCUGGGCAGCCUCGUCAUCGUCGUCCACGGCGUUGAUCUCUCCCAAUGUAUCGCCCCUCUUGGCAUGGAAUCGGGGGCCAUUCCGGACGCCGAUAUCACCGCAAGCUCAAGUUUCGACAGCGGAAACGUCGGUCCCCAUCAGGCUAGGUUACGGAUGGAGAAUCAGGGUGGCGCCUGGUGUCCCAAGGAGCAGAUAACGACGGAGCCACGUGAGUGGCUUCAGGUCGACUUGCACACCGUCCACUUGAUCACGGCGACCGGAACUCAGGGACGAUUUGGAAACGGAGUCGGCGUCGAAUACGCGGAAGCAUAUCUGCUCGAGUACUGGCGUCCCCGGCUUGGAAAGUGGGUUCGUUACAGGGACGCGAAGGGCGAAGAGGUGAUCAAAGGGAACACGAACACGUACCUCGAGUCGAAACACGAACUAAAACCACCCCUAUGGGCGAGCAAAGUCCGUUUUUUACCCUACAGCUACCACCGACGAACGGUCUGCAUGCGGGUGGAACUCUACGGAUGCUAUUGGUCAGACGGCGUAGUGUCCUACUCGAUGCCCCAGGGCGACAAGCGAGGCAACGGAUGGGAGUUUUUCGACGCGACGUACGACGGUCACUGGGACGGAGACCUCCAGCGAGGCCUUGGCCAGCUGACGGACGGGCAGACGGGUCCGGACAACUUCAAGAUGGGCUUCUACGACUACGAUCGUAGCCAGGGUUGGGUCGGGUGGAGGAACGACACGAGGUCCGGUCAGCCCCUCGAGAUAAAGUUCGAGUUUGACCAGGUGCGGGAAUUCUCCGCCGUUCACAUAUACUGCAACAACCAGUUCACCAGGGACGUUCAGGUCUUCUCCCAGGUCGAUAUCCUCUUCAGCGUUGGCGGUAAGUACUACACCGGUGAACCUAUCACCUACACCUACAUGGAGGACAAGAUAUUCGAGACCUCGAGGAACAUCACCAUCAAGCUUCACCAUCGGGUUGGAAAGUUCGUCAAUCUCAGGCUCCACUUUUCAGCAAGGUGGAUCAUGCUCAGCGAGGUGACAUUCGAUUCUGACAUUGCUCACGGUAAUUUCACCCCCGAAGAAGCUCCGUCGACGGAACCGCCACCUCUGGGCGACGUCUUCGUCGAGAAGGAUGCCGCCAAUGACGGCGAGCUGCCCGUCUCGACGGCGAAGCACGACGACCCCACCUACAUGGCCGUCGUCAUCGGCGUCCUCACCGCAGUUAUUCUCCUCCUCGCUGUCGCCAUUUUCCUCAUAGUAUCCCGGCACAGGCAGAGGAAGUGCUUCGCAAGUCCCAUGACCGGCAAAGCACCCUCUCACCUUGGAUCCACCUGCGCCACCGUCGAGAAGGGCGCAGCCCUUAUGGCUUACACUCUUGAGGAUGACGAGAGGUACGCCGGAGGAUCGCUGCCAACUCUGCCUCGGGACCUGGGAAACCGACUGCUGGACAUCGUGAAGCUGGACGACUAUCAGGAGCCGUACAGGGCGUUGAAAUACGCUCCUUACUACAGCUACAGCACGGUGGUGAUGGAGAUGAAGGACAUGAUGCUGAACAACAAGGGUGGUGGUAGCAUCAAUCAGUCAGUUUACGCCAACGGCGCUGUCGACACGUCCUACGACUACGCGGUUCCCGAACUUGGCACAGUACCACUUCUGAACCCCGAUGGAGUUCCUAGGGUCUCGUCGAGCGGUGCGAGCGACCAGGAAAGCCUCUUCUCCAAGGAAUCUUCCCGUGGAAGCAAACCCGAGGAUAAGAAGUCGCCGACGCAACAGGAGGUUCUCUCAGCCCUGAAGCGACGCCUCGAGCAGACCAGCGUGCCCCUCUUCCCACGCCAUCGACUACGCAUGCUCUCAAAGCUGGCCGAGGGCGCUUUUGGAACGGUGUACGUCGCCGAGGCCGAGGGCAUACCGGAGUACGGGACGACGGCAACCCUCGGUAAGAGACUCGUGGCAGUAAAGUUCCUCCUUCCGGAUGCCAACGAAAAAGAGAAGCUCGACUUCCAGCGUGACGUCAGGAUCCUCGCAGCCCUCGAGGAUCGCAACAUCGCCAGAGUCCUCGGUGCCUGUUGCAGGGAGGAGCCCUUCUGCGUGGUUAUGGAGUACCUGGAUCACGGUGAUCUCUGCCAGUUUCUGAAGACCCACAUCACCGCCGAAGACGCUCAUUCGAUGCCAAUGGGAGUCAAGACGCUCAGUUUCAACUGUCUUAUCUACAUGGCAGCCCAAAUAGCUUCGGGGAUGCGUUACCUGGAGAAUCUUAACUUCGUUCACCGGGAUCUGGCGACGAGGAACUGCCUUGUGGGAAAAGCGUACCACAUAAAGAUCUCGGACUUUGGAACGGACAACGAGCUCUACGCCUCCGACUACUUCAAGGUGGACGGUAACAUGCCGCUUCCGGUGCGCUGGAUGGCCUGGGAAUCGAUCUUUCUGGGAAAGUACACGACGAAAAGCGACGUUUGGGCUUUCGCCGUCACCCUCUGGGAGAUCCUGAACCUGGGAAGACGUGUACCCUACGAGCAUCUUAGCGACGACGAAGUCGUCGCGAGCCUCGGUCACCUCCAGCGGAUAUCCGCUGGCGAAAACUCCAACAGCGAACCAGAGGAGACAGCCUUUGUCUAUCUACAGAGGCCCGCCGCCUCCUCGAAGGACAUCUAUGACCUUAUGCUCGAGUGCUGGAGACGGGAGGAGAACGAGAGGCCGACAUUCCGCGAGAUAUCCUUAUUCCUGCAGCGGAAGAACCUCGGCUAUGCACCCACUUCUUGAUAUUAAGUCAUUGGGGCUUCCGCUCUCAUAAAGCGCGGUCUCGUCCUUUCGCCGACUAAGCUACGGAUGGCCACCUAGCGGCUUUGUAAUUAUAAACGUUAUACACAGUUACUCCAUGCAUUCCUCUCGAUGAUUAUCCUACCCUCGGGACACGGACAUCUCGUAUUUAUUUUUUUUUUCUACUAGGUAUAGGUACCAGGGUUGUACGA